AUGAAGACCAGGAAGAAGCAGGAGGAGCAGAACAAGCAGGAGCAGAAGAAGAAGAAGAGGAUGAGUACAAUGAUGAGGAUCAACAUCAUGAUGUAUCCUGGACACCUCCUUCUGUUGGUGCCAUUAGACACCAGAUAUCUCGUCAAAGCAGAACAGAGGGAUGAAGAGGAUGAUGCUCAUGGGUCAUCCCGUCGAAGCCGGCACCCCGAAAUCACUGCUAGUGAUGAGGAGGAUCAUCAUCGGAGACGUCGUCACCAUCCAGAACAGAGGGAUGAAGAGGAUGAAGCUCAUCAGUCAUCCCAUCGAAGCACCCCUGGGCCAGCCUCUAGUGACGAGGAUGAUGGACCUCUGCACCAUCGACAAAGAGAAAUCAGAUAUGGAGAAUGGGAUCCAGAUGAUGAUGUUGAUGGGAAUAACAUUCGCAUUCGGGGUGUCCACACAUCAAGAGAUGUCACAUUGGGGGAGUUUGUUCAAGAAUGUAGUCAACUUUGGAUGCAUCAGAAUGUUUCAACAAGGAGCAUCACACGUCAUGGAAAGUAUCUCCACUAUGUAUUGUGUGAGGAAUACAGCGAGGAUCAUUACAUCAAUCUCACCAUGGCUGGAGCUGACCUGCCAGAACCAAAAGUGACAUUGACAAGGGACUAUGACUCGGUCAUUGCAAUCUGUGAUCGUGUUCCAGAUCUGGGAAUGCCGAUUGAGUUUGCUACUACAUAUCAGCCGACGAUGUCAAUGCAAGGUGGUAUUAAUAUCCAAGCACCUUUCAAAAUUGUCAAUCCACAGAAUGGCAAGCUCACAACAAAUCCCAUGGAUCCAGGAUGUGUUCCAAAUGUCUUCCUUGCCAAAGUCACCCAUCAUGCAUCAUUAUAUAUCCUGCUACCGAAUUUGGUUCAAAAUCUCAAACAGCAUGAGGGAACCCCUUCAGUUUCCAUCCAGGAGUAUGCUGUGCUCUAUGAAAUAUUCAUCCAAUCAGCAGUACGUUAUCAGGAUAUGACAGCGGCUCGUCUUCCUGCUACCUACAGUUCAAAAUUGUUUCAGGCAGGAAGUGGGCAGAGUCAUCAGACAAGAAAGCUAACAGAGUUGAUCCCUAGUGAAUAUGUGGAGCGAUUGCUAGGAGAUUUCAGUGAACGACUGGAGCACCAUUCAGAUGGAUGGGGGAUCAGGCACCGUUUUUUGCUUCAGUGGCGAGGGAUCAAGGCAUUGACAGUGCAUGACCCAAGCAAUGCAACCGAGCAAGAAUACUUCCUGCACCAGGACCAUAUAUUCAAUGCUGACAUGUUCAGUACUUCUGGUGAUGAUGUCUUUGUUGAUGUUGCACUUGAGCUGUCUGUGAAGGAGGGAGCAGUUAUGUGGCGCUCUGAUGGCCAUGCAGUUGCACUACAGAGACUACUGCAAAUGCAUCAGACCGAAGCCAACAAGUGGAUGUGUUUUGGUUACUACAAUUACAAAAGAGAUACAUGUGCACACCUCACCUCCAUCGCAGGAUGUCACAUCACAACACAUACCACACCGCUUGGACAAUUCAAUGCAACCUUUGUCCAGAUGUACACAACCGAUAAAUGCCUCACCUAUGACAUGCGGGUGAGCAACAAUGCCAAGUUUGUUACUGCAGUCAAUCUGAUGAAGAAGUCGAAGUACACAUACAAUGAGUUUCUUGGGAAACUCUAUGGUGUCUUCGCAGAUGCAGCAUGGCAUAAUGAUGUACAUGCGUGGAUUGAGGCAUGA